CUCAAAUGUAAUCGGAACCUUGAAAACAAAAUUGUGAACUUUGAUUCAUCCGGAAUGGGCAUGGGCACCUGCAUCGCGCAACAUGUCCUUACAGCAGCAGAUGAUUCAAAUCCGUUUUGGAGGAUCUUGGAAAAGGCUGUGAAGGACGCUAGAGAUAAGACUAGUAAGCCUGAGAUAUUCCCUGCAUCAACAGACGCUCGUUACUUUUGGAAAGCUGGUGAGCCUGCUUUUGGGUUCUCUCCUCUAUCAAACACUCCAAAGGGAGGCCUUGUGUGGAAUGAGAAGGGUAGGUCUAGCAGUCCUGGUACUCCAGUCACAGAUGAUCAUACACCAACUUCCCAAAAUUUUAUGGAAGCAGAUGAGAACAUAUCAUAUUGGGUUCCUUUGCUCACAGGAUUGUCUAAACUAACUUCUGAUUCGAGAUCAGCAAUUCGUAAAAGCUCCUUGGAAGUGCUCUUUAAUAUUUUAAACGAUCAUGGGCAUCUGUUUUCACGAACAUUCUGGAUGGGCGUUUUCAGUUCUGUUAUCUAUCCUAUAUUUAACAGUGUGUGGGGCGAGAAUGAUAUGCUUUCUAAAGAUGAACAGAGUUCAUCGCCAUCCACAUUUUCUCCACGUCCUAACGAAGCUUCUUGGGAUGCUGAAACUUCAGCUAUGGCGGCACAGUCUCUGGUGGACCUAUUUGUCAGCUUUUUUACUGUUAUAAGGUCCCAACUUUCAAGUGUAGUAUCUUUACUCGCUGGUCUCAUAAGAAGUCCAGCUCAGGGUCCUACAGUAGCUGGAGUGGGUGCGUUGCUGCGGCUAGCGGACGAACUGGGUGGCAGUUUCUCAGAAGAUGAGUGGAAGGAGAUUUUUUUGGCUGUGAAAGAAGCUGCUUCAUUGACAUUGUCUAGCUUCAUGAAAAUACUGAGAAUCGUAGAUGACAUUCCAGAUGAGGAAACAUUGUCUGAUCAGGACUUUAGUAAUGAAGACGAUGUGGACGAGGACAGCCUGCAAAUUAUGUCUUAUGUUGUUUCAAGAACAAAGAGUCACAUAACCGUCCAGUUGCAAGUUGUUCAGGUAGUGACUGAUCUCUGCCGAAUCCAUCAGCAGUCAUUGUUGGCAUCACACGUCACAGUUAUACUGGAUAUACUCUCUUCGGUGUCAUCACACGCCCACCAGCUAAAUUCUGAUUUGAUACUACAGAAGAAACUGAGGAGGGCAUGCUCUAUCCUGGAGCUAUCCGAACCUCCCAUGCUUCAUUUCGAAAAUGACACGCACCAGAACUACCUGGAUGUUCUCCAAGACCUACUGACAUACAAUCCAGGAGUGUCCUUGGAGCUAAACAUAGAGUCUGAACUGAUCACAGUGUGUGUGAAAAUACUAAAGGUGUACCUGAAAUGCACGUUGUUUCAGGGAGGUGCCGAGUUGGAAGAGACCAGGCAGCCUAAAAACUGGAUUCUACCCAUGGGAACAGCAUCGAAGGAAGAAGCAGCAGCGAGAUCUCCGCUAGUAGUUACAGUGCUGAAGACACUGAGGGGACUGAAAAGAGAUUCAUUCAAGAGGUAUGCACCGAAUUUCUUCCCGUUGUUGGUGGAGCUUGUGCGAAGUGAGCACAGCUCCGCACAAGUCCCACAAGUCUUAAGCACCGUGUUCCUUACGUGUAUGGGUCCAAUGAUGGGUGAAUAGAAUAGGGAUGGGCUAUAUAAAUUACGAUGAAUUUUGACAUUUGGAGCAGCUGAAGGAUAUAUAGAUUGCAAGCAGACACAAAUCCCUCUUUUUCUUCUUUUGUUGUUUCUGCUAGAUUUACAGGUUUUGUGCGUUUGGUUGGUAGUGAUGAUAUAAAGUAAUUGAAUAUUG